GUGAAAGCUGUCGGAACAACGCGCCCUCCUAUUAAUACAGAAAUCUGCCGUGAGUGCGUUUGUGUCAAUUAGGAAAAACUUGUUGAAAUUAGAUUACUGUCCGACUUGAUGAAUUUUUAUUUCAGGCAUUUACGACGCAGAACAUAUAUCGCUGUAACCGAAACAUUAUGAUUGGGUAAAGUCCGUCUUUACGCUUGCAGAGACUACUUUUAGGCAUUAAACUCGGCUUAGUGGGAGUAAUUUGCCUCUGACGUAAGAUGACGCGGUUCCGCCUUUCAGCACUGCGCAUGUCAGCAAUCUGUCUGUUUACCGAGCUGAAGCUAGGUCCGUAUUCGUUAUUUCCAAAACUUCAAUCGACUAUGCUCAAUGACGGGGACACAGACAGCACAAUGGCGGCGGCGGCCCCCAACCCGGAGGACUCCUCCAGGAGCGGCAGCGGCAGCAGCGGCGCCAGCACGCCCAGCGCCCUCGUCGGAGACGGGGACGCGGAGGAGGCCGAGGACUUCACCUCCUCCUCCCACUGCUCGGAGCUGUCGCGGCGGCAGAACGAGCAGAGGAAGCAGGGCUCCUUCUGCGACGUGACGCUGGCCUUCAGCAGCGGGGCGGCCAGCGGGAGCGUCCAGAGUUGCGAGUUCUCCGCCCACAGGUCCGUCCUGGCCGCGGCCACCGAUUAUUUCCCCCCGCUGCUCGGAGGACAGUUUUCCGAGUCGCUGUCCGGUCGCGUGGAGAUGAAGGAAUGGAGCUCUGAACUGGGGCCGGACCCGGAUACGGUGGAGAGCGUCAUCCAGUUCAUGUACACUGGAGAAAUACGAGUUAGCACCGGCAAUGUGCACGAAGUGCUGGAGCUGGCAGACAGGUUCCUCCUGCUGCAGCUGAAGGAUUUCUGUGGCGAGUUCCUCAAGAAGAAGCUGAGCCUGACCAACUGCGUGGCGGUGCACAGCCUGGCCCACAUGUACACCCUGGACCAGCUGGCUCUGCGUGCCGCCGACAUGAUCCGCCGCAACUUCCACAAGGUUAUCCAGGACGAGGAGUUCUACACGCUGCCCUUCCACCUGGUGCGGGACUGGCUGUCCGACGCGGAGAUCACGGUGGACUCCGAGGAGGUGCUCUUCGAGGCCGUGGUGAAGUGGGUGCAGAAGAACGCGGAGGAGCGGAGCCGCUACUUUGAGGAGCUGUUCCGUCUCCUGAGGCUGCCGCAGAUCAAGCCCACCCACCUGACCAGGGUGGUGAAAACCGAGCAGCUGGUGGCCGCCAACGAGGCCUGCCUGCGGCUGGUGUCCGAGGCCGUCGAGGGCCACGCCAUCCGCUUUGAGAACCUCAAGUCGACUGACAUGGAGUUUUGGUCCUCCCACACGUCCUCCUUUCAGCCCCGCUUCGGCCAGAACAUGGACGUCAUUAUGGUGGUGGGCGGCGUGUCGGAGGGAGGGGACUACCUCAGUGAGUGCGUAGGCUACUUCAUUUACGAGGACCGCUGGGUCAACCUGCCGCACAUCCACAACCACCUGGACGGCCACGCCAUCGCGGCCACGGAGUCCCACGUCUACGUGGCCGGUUCCAUGGAACCGGGCUUCGCAAAGACGGUGGAGCGUUACAAUCCUAAUCGCAACACCUGGGAGCAGGUGAGCAACCUGACCACGCGCAAGCACUCCUUUGGCCUCACCUGUAUCAAGGACAUACUGUACAGCAUCGGGGGCCACGGCAACUUCAGUCCGGGUUUCAAAGACGUCAGCAUAUACGAGCCCGAGUACGACAAGUGGCACAAUCUGGAAUCAGCCCCCAAGAUCCUGCGGGACGUGAAGGCGGUGAGCGUGGAGGACCGCUACGUGUACGUCACGGCCCGCACACCCGUCGACACGGACAACGAGGACGGACUGAAGACGGUGACCACGCGCUACGACACGGAGAGCCGCCAGUGGCAGGACGUGGACUCCCUGCCCCUCAUCGACAACUACUGCGUGUUCCAGAUGGCCGUGGCUUCCACUAACUUCUACCACACGGCCUCCUGCUGCCCCAAGAGCUACACGGAGCGCGAGGAGGUGGCCAAGCAAAAGAUCAGCGGGCGCAUCUCGGACGAGAUCCUGGAGAGCCUUCCGCCGGAGGUGACCAGCAUCGAGGGCGCCGCCAUCUGCCACUUUGACGAGGACGUCUUCAUCAUCGGGGGCUGGAAGAACAGCGACGACGUGGACAAGCAGUACCGCAAGGAGGCGUACCGCUACUGCGCCGAGAGGAAGCGCUGGAUGCUGCUGCCGCCCAUGCCGCAGCCUCGCUGCCGAGCCACCGCCUGCCACGUCCGCAUCCCCUACCGCUUCCUGUACGGCUGCCAGCGCUACCCGAUGCCCCAGAACCUGGCCCGCCAGCGGGAUCGCAUGCAGCAGAUGCAGCAGCUUCACCGGCGCACGCUCACCUUACGCCGGCAGCUCCAGUCGCAGAUAGAGUGCUGAGGCGGCCCGCUCUGCCCGAGGGUCCAUCCCGUGGCGGCCGUCUCCCAUCAACCCCCGCUAAUGCGCGUGACAGGCGGCGGGUCUUGUGUGGCUCUCGCACGGGAUGUCACUUCAUCGGCCUCUGGUGCUGCGUUGGGUCCAUGGCUGAUUCGACCCGAGGCCGUGAAAUGUGAGGACAGGAGCGCACCGACCCGCUGGUUGUCUUUGACAAAGGAUAAGGGCAUUGUAAAUAUGUGAAUAAGAGGGUUCUAUUGCAUCCAACAACUGAGUAUCCUUUUGUCAAGUAUUUUGGUAUAGAUGCUGUUUAUUUGUUUGUACAUAAAUAGGAUAACUGUGUAUAUGUAAACAUUUACAUAGGUAUUUAACAUUCCUUUAUUGUGUGCCUGAAGUGAGGAGGCUAUGUGACAUUACCAAUAACUGCAUUCCUACAUUAAAUUCAUCUCGCUUAAUGAAGUCUCAUUCCAUUUUAACACUGUGACAAUCUCUUCCUUUAAGUAGAACAUAUGUCUUAAUUCUACCUGGGAAUGGCUCAACAAAAUAUGAAUGAUUUAAGAAAGGCUUUUCAUCUUAAUCUUCAGUUUACUUUUAGUUACCCUUCAAAAGAAUGUUUAUUUAUAAUAAUAUAUGUUUUGCCUAUCUAACACAAGAGAACUAGGGAUUUUUCUCCUGCUAUACGGUGGGGAUAUAAUUUAAUAGAUAACUGAUGUUGAAAAGCUAAAGAAUAAGAUGUAAUAUUUUGAGUUAACUUGACAUUGAAAUGUUCUAUUUGGACACUGCAUUGAGCAUCAAUCACUGGCAAUGGCUCAAUCAUUCCUUUCUUUUGCACUUGGCAGUCUCUUGCUCAGUGAUUUUUUUAAAAUUCAUUCUAGAAAAAUACAUUGAAGUUGUUUAUAUGUCUGAGUCUAAGAGUGUGUGGUUUGUGUUCGCAGAGCUUCUCUUCAACUGCACUUUUUGGAAAUGUAAUUGUAAAGUCUUAAAGAAACAGGGAUUUAAGUUGCCAUUGCACUUUGACUUUGCUUAUUUGGUUUGUUUCUUAUCAGACAAGUUGAUUGUAUUUUGCAAAGGCUUGGAUUUAGCCUAGAAAUCUUUAGAAGUACGUUUUGAUCUUUAAAACACACAUUCUUAUUAUUCAAGGACUUGUUUCCAACAUGCAAUGUCUUGUUUAACCUUGUCUUAUUGUACUUUAAUUCCAGCUGGGUGUAUAUUAUAGAUUUGCAAUGAUGUUCUGUGGUCUCCUCUGACCCUUUAUAGACAUGAAAAUGAGAUAAAAGGGAUCAAAUGUAUAGGCAAAACAAACAGGACUGUUAAAGGAAUGUGCUGUCACUGACUGAGAAAUUCCUGCUGUGCAGCGCCGAUUACAGCAUUAAGGUUUGCGGGGCGCAGAAAUGAUAUUCAUUUCCACUUUACAUAAACAUAAAUAUCACUGCAAAUAUUGAGUGGAAUACACUUUGUAAUUUGCCUUGCAUGUGAUAAUUUGACAUUGUGUUCUCUUUAUAUUGGAUGUAAGAAAUGCUAAUGUCAUCACUUGCAAAUAAAUAAAGUUGUUUUGCUAGUCAA